ACUGGGAAUCUGGGCUCAGUUUCCUAUUUGUCAUUUGCACCAAACAAGUGACAGAUAAUGUCUCUCCGUGUAUUAGAAAUAAUCUUUUUCUUCUAUUUUGCCUCUCACAUUCCUAUCACUGUAUUUAUUGACUUACAAGCCCUGCUUCCUGGAUAUGUGUAUCCUCAGCCGCUGAGAGACCUUCUGAGGUGGUAUGCAGAGGAGUUCAAAGACCCGAUGGUGCUGUAUCCGCCGGAAUGGUUCAGCUCUUUCAUUUUCUGCGAGGCUGUGUUUCAGACGCCUUUCUUUCCCGUUGCAGCUUAUGCUUUCCUGAAAGGUGGCUGUAAGUGGAUCAGGACUCCUGCCAUUGUGUAUUCCACACAUGUGGCCACCACACUGAUCCCAAUUGUAGCUCACAUCCUCCUCUAUAAGUUUCCUAUGAAACCCCAUCCUGGUCCCCAGACUCUGCAGGAGCGCUGGCUGCUAGUCUCCAUAUACUUGCCAUACCUGCUGGUGCCUGUGCUGCUGCUCCUCACCAUGGUGCUGUCCUCAACAUACAACUCCACCACCAAGUCUGGACACAAGCAGGCCAAAUCUAAGAAGAAUUGACUUUUAUUUUUCCACAUUUUUAGGUGUACCAUUAGUAUGUGAUCUA